AUCGGAACUCGGCAGUCAGUCACCAACGAACCUUAGAAUCGAGCAGUCGCCAAAAAAAUGCAAUGCACGCAGAGAGCAGCGUGGAACAUCAUGAAAGCGACAAACGUGAUAAACACAAAUGCAACAACAACAAAAAUAAGAAAAAACGACAACAGCAACAAAUGAGCAAAAAGAGCACUGAGCAAUGUUAACAAAGGCGACAAUAUUCAAUGAUCCCAAUGUGUGUGUGUGCGUGAAGAGAACAACGCUUAAGCUUUAAGCAGCAGCACAAGUGUGUGUGUGUGAACGAGACAAACAGAACAAGAUUGAGAGAGCGAGCGUUUUUGAGUGAGAGAGCGACAUGCAGCUGCGAUAAGAGCAACAACUACAACCACAACAACAACCACAACACAAGCAGAUAAACAAGGACAAUCAGUCAAAAUGAGUGAUGAUCAAACGUUAGCAGAGCAGAAUGAAGCGAACAAAGUUGCCAAACAGCAAGUCGUUGCCUACACGCAAAAGUCGCAGGUCAAGCACGAGAAUCGUCACAUUCAGUUGGUGCGGGAAUAUGGCUUCCAUCCUAGGACCAAGGCCUCAGUCGAGGAUGGCGAUGUGUUGCCCAGAAAAUUUGAGCCUUUUCCGGAGCACAUGUAUGGAAAACCGCUCGAGGAGAUUGACACUUUCAUAUACGAAGAGGUAAGUCGACGCUUUUUCAUAUGCAUAUUAUUAGCGUGCCCCCUCAAA